GCUUCCGCUGCAACAGUCUGCAAGCGAGCUCUGAAGAAGUACAUGGCAACUCGGCCAAAGGCCAGUGCGGAGUCCGUGCGUCGGGCAAAGGAAUUACGACUACACAUUUCUACCCUCACUCCACAUCCCAUCUUUGCUACUCAACUCUCCAACGUUGAUACACAAAAGGAGGCAAUUUUGGAGGUGCUUCGUAAUCGAAAACUGCCUGUACGUUGCACUGAACCUAUGAUUUUGACUUGGACUUGA